AUUCUCCUGGAGUUCCACCAAGCGCCAAUGCUCAUCAGCUCUUCAAAGGUUUCAGCUUUGUGGCAACAAACGCCCUAGAAGACCACAAAAUCACCCCUCUCAACAACAUUUUGCCAAUAGUACAGCAACUUCAUGGGAGCAGUGCCCUCUUCACAGAUGCCUAUGAACUUAAAGAAGACAUUGGUGUGGGCUCCUACUCGGUGUGUAAGCGCUGCAUUCAUACAGUUUCCAAUAUGGAAUUUGCUGUGAAGGUGUACGAUGAUGGUAAAUAUAUCUACCUUGUCACAGAAUUGAUGAAGGGAGGUGAGCUUCUGGAUCGUAUUCUCAGACAGAAGUAUUUCUCCGAACGCGAAGCCAGCGCUGUCUUGUAUACAAUCGCUAAAACUGUGGACUAUCUGCAUUGUCAAGGAGUUGUGCAUCGGGAUCUUAAACCGAGUAAUAUUUUGUAUAUGGAUGAUUCCAAUAAUGCUGAUUCCAUCAGGAUUUGUGAUUUCGGCUUUGCAAAGCAACUCCGGGGAGAGAAUGGGCUUCUCUUAACCCCAUGUUACACUGCUAAUUUUGUGGCACCAGAG